UUGUAUUGGAAUUAAUGACAAUCUUUUGAAAAAAAAAAUCUAUGAUGUGUCAGCUUGCUUAGUAAUUAAACUGCAGAGUUUCUCUUCCUCGGUAAGAUAAGACCAAGAAAUAGGAUUUAUAGCUAAGCAUGGUCAGAUAAGCAGCGAGACCAGCAUCAUCCCCAGCAGCAAAGUGAAGCAGCUCUGAAACAGGAGAUGGAGUGGGGUAAACAUCACUCCAUCAUGUGACAAUUGCUGGCCUCACUGGCAGCUCCUGCGGGGAGCAUCACCGAGGGUCACAAUUCCACAUCUAAAGUUAGCAGUGGGGUAAGGCUGGCACUGGGGAGGGCCAGCAGGCAGCUGCUCAGGGAGAUUUCCAAAUCCUGCAGCACGGCCGCCCUGAUACACGAGAAUCAAUUACUGCAAACCUUCCACGAUGGUCAAAAUGUGGCAUUAAAUAAUUGAGUAUCACAUCAAAUCGUGUCUGCAAUUAGUUAUCUGGAAAAGUAAUUAUGCAACAAAAUCAAGUAGCUGAAAUUAGUGGUGUGAAGCACCCUGAUAAUUCGAAGACUGUAGGAGAUUUUUUUUUCAUUUCACUUGUAACAUGGAGUUGUAAGUACCUAACUAAUUCUUUAUUGAAAUAAAAAAGUCUUGCUCAAUUGUAAUUCUUGUCAUUAGUUACAUCUGCAAUAGAAGAUACAUAGCACAUAAAACAGGUGUUAAUGACUAAGUUGGUUUUGUUUAAAGUAAAAACGAGCUGUGGAAUAGAAUGUCUUGCAAGAAGUACAUUUAAAGUCAAAUCUGUUUUGAUUUAGGGAGGAAACCAGCCUAAAUUUCUGUCCUUUGUCUCUUACACCAGUAGUGUGAGUUGAUUUGGAGAAUAGAGUUGAAAUACCCUAAUGGGAAAAUGUGUUCUUUUAAAAUAGUUAUGUUCAAUUUAACAACAUAGAUGUUGUGAAAGGUUAGAAAAGCCAUUAAAAUAUAAUUUACACUAAUAGAAGUCGUUAGCUUGCAUUAGCUCACUUAUUCAAAACAAACAAGAAAAAUAUAAUGAAUCAAACCAGACUAUAUAUCCAGUAUAACAGACUGAAGUGUAAACGCUCACAUGAACAUUGUUUAACAGCUUAUAAAUCCAGGGAAAUGUCUAAUUAUGCAAUCAUGAUAAACCUGAUUAUUUUGAAAAUGGCUUCUGAUAGUAACUGUUGUCAUGUGUGUGCCAUAACUGAUAGGAAAAUUAUUUCUAAUCGGUAGAUCUGUACAGAAUUUGAUCGCGAUGUGUUUAGUACUUAAAAAUCUGAACUGAUAAAGAGUAGUUGGCUAGUCAUGUUACUUAAGCUGCUCCCAAAAUAGCACCUUCCUUUUUGGGUAGAGUUAGGUUUGCAGCUGUUGUCUCUAUCUGUUGUCUCUGAAGAAAAUUUUAACAUUAAGUGUUGCUGACGUCAAUUUUUUUCUUUUUUUUACAGCUGAUGUGGGCUUUGCCCCUGACAGAAGUUAUUUGGUUCUAGCUCUGAGUUUGGAAGAAGUUGGUAUAUAGAUUUUCCCCUAACUUUCAAUUGAUGUGUUUAGCUUUAGUGGGAGUAAUACUAUCACUUAAACCAUGUUGUCGUCUCAAGGAGUUUUGCUACAUCCCUAUGGAGUGCCAAUGAUUCUGCCUGCAGCACCAUACUUCGCUGGACUUGUUCAGGGUAAUCAGGAAGCUACAGCACCUCCUGACACAAUGGCACAGCCUUAUGCCUCAGCCCAGUUUGCUCCACCUCAGAACGGUAUCCCUGCAGAAUACACAGCCCCACAUCCGCAUCCAGCUCCAGACUACACAGGCCAAAGCACUGUUCCAGAGCACACGUUAAACAUGUACCCUCCUGCCCAGACACACUCUGAACAGAGUGCAGCUGACACAAAUGCACAAACUGUCUCCGGCACAGCCACACAGACAGAUGAUGCAGCACAGACCGAUGGCCAGCAACAGACACAAUCCUCUGAAAACACAGAAAACAAAUCACAGCCCAAACGGCUCCACGUCUCAAAUAUACCAUUCAGAUUCCGGGAUCCAGAUCUUAGACAAAUGUUUGGUCAAUUUGGUAAAAUCUUAGAUGUUGAAAUUAUUUUUAAUGAGCGAGGCUCAAAGGGAUUUGGUUUCGUAACUUUCGAAAAUAGUGCUGAUGCGGACAGGGCGAGGGAGAAAUUACACGGCACCGUGGUAGAGGGCCGUAAAAUCGAGGUAAAUAAUGCCACAGCGCGUGUAAUGACAAAUAAAAAGACCGUCAACCCUUACACGAACGGCUGGAAAUUAAAUCCAGUUGUUGGUGCAGUUUAUAGUCCAGAGUUCUAUGCAGGCAGGGUGCUGCUGUGCCAGGCAAACCAGGAGGGAUCUCCCGUGUACAGUGCCCCCAGUUCACUAGUAUACACAUCCACAAUGCCAGGAUUUCCCUACCCUGCUGCGACCGCAGCCGCCGCGUACAGAGGUGCCCACCUACGAGGCCGGGGUCGCACGGUGUACAACACGUUCCGAGCAGCAGCUCCCCCUCCUCCCAUCCCAGCCUACGGCGGUGUUGUAUACCAGGAUGGAUUUUAUGGUGCAGACAUUUAUGGUGGUUAUGCUGCCUACCGGUAUGCCCAGCCUGCCACUGCCACUGCAGCUGCCUACAGUGACAGAAAUCAAUUCGUCUUCGUUGCAGCAGAUGAAAUUUCUUGUAACACCUCUGCAGUUACGGACGAGUUUAUGCUGCAGACCCCUACCACCACACACUUGCUCCAGCAGCCACCUACGGCGUUGGUGCCGUGGCUAGUAUAUACCGAGGGGGAUACAGCCGUUUUGCUCCAUACUAAAUGACAAAACCAUAAAAACCUUCCAAUGUGGGGAAAAAGGAAGCUUUCCGAGGCCUGGGUAUUGCAAUACAUGCAGUAGUGCAUCAUUUUAGCAACUCUAAAAAGAGGAAAAAUUACAUUUUUUAUCUUAUACCUCAGAUAUUUUGUUCUGUGUAUUUUAAUAUUGUGGGUCUUUAAUUUCUGGAGGUUCCGUAGUUUGAUUGCUGGCUGUAGAAGUUUUUGUGGUUGAUCUAGAAAGCUGCUAGAUAUGAAUAAAAACUGUUUUAGGGCCACAAUCAAGAGUGCUAUAUCAUGUAAAUGAAUUAUAUAUGCUGAAUAUUAAGCUAUCGGGGUUAUCACAUGUUUUGUAAGAGUGUAAGUGACUACAGUAGUCAUUUUUUUCUGCAUCUACAUUUAUUUUAGUUUAUGAGAGGGAGGGGGGAAAUUGGGGACAGGGGAAUGGGGUUUGGCUAAAAUAUAAAUUAAUGAAGCAAAAAGGGGCCCCACUGCACCAACUAUCAUAUAUCACCUGUCUUAAAUUAUUCACUGUUUGUUCAAAGCCAAAGGUUAUGUUCUUAUUAGGGGUGCUUCUGUCGACACUUGUACAUAAAAAUCAGAUUGAAAGCUGUCCGAAGGCACCCUUUUAAAGCAUUCCACCAGGCAGUAUUCAGCUAUUUAACCAUAACUAGUUAUUUAGGCAAAAACUGCUAGUUAGACCAUUAACAAGCAUUCUUUUUAUAUUUCUUCCAGUAAAAUAAAUUAUUGAUAUCAUUGCUGACUUUUAUAUUAUGGGAGGGAAAAAAAUAAUAAAAAAAAAACAAUAAUAAAAAGGUGAUAAAAGCACUGUUUCUAUUUUUUUCUUUUUUUUCCAAAAAAGAAAGUAAUAAAAACUUAAAUUCUUUGUACCAGUAAAAAAAAAAAAAUGUAUAAAAUUUACAUCCGUGCAGUGGAGUUGUUAAGUUCUAGAAAUACACAGCCUAUGAUGCUUUAGACUUAGCCUAGUAGACCAACUGUUAGAGACAGACGUAUCAUUUUUAUGGAAUUAUAUGAUAAUCAUAUUCAGAUUUAUAUAAGCAUUUUACAAGUAUUGCAAUCAUUGAGUAGAGAUAAUCAUGGUAUUUUCAUCAGCUUGGUACUUUUUGAAACAUGACUGUGUCGUGUAAGCAAUCUGCAAUUUUUCAAGGCGUGACAACUCGCCCCCCUGUUCGAUUUCCAAACCCCACCGUUCGAUUUCCAAACCCGAACCGAGGCCAUUCUGCUCGAUAUCGGGCCCAAGACAAGUUUUGCACCUGGGACAAAAGCAGGACCUUCUCCCACCCCAGCGCUGCUGGGAGGAGCCGCCGGUCGCGCCCCGGCCGGCGCCGCCCAGCAGCGCCCGGGAAACGCUUCCAGGCACCAUUGAAAAAUUGCAGUUUGUCUGUGCAUAUGUUUGGACUCUUUCCAUGUUGUCCUGUUUACAAGUUAACCUAAGUUGGGGUGUUUGUCACGGGUCUUCUUGGUUUUGUAUUUAAAUAAAUAAACGCGGCAAAGCGUCCCGCCAGGGGUUUGCUGCAGGUAGUUAUAUCCUCAUGUGUAACGUGCUGCCUCCCGGCCAGCACCUUAGUAAAUGAUCAACUCACCGCUGUGAACCUGCCAACUUGCUAUAACAACUCUGCUUUAAAAAAAAGUGUUUGUGAUCAGGCUUUCUCUUUGUCAUCGUAUGUGCAUGCAGUAUGAUCAGUUGAACAAUAACCAUCAAUAAAGUUUCACAAGAUUUGAAAACGAAGUUUCUGUAGCAUUUAUAUCUAAGGAUGAUAAAUAAAUUAUCUUUAAAAUUGAAACAGAGAGAGAAAGAGACUAUAUUAAUCGAUGAAAAAUGGGGCAGUAACAUAUAUUUAUACUGGUGAGGGAAUGAACCGAAAUUUAUUAAGAGUUCGAUCCCCACAUUUAUUAUGUAAGAUAUGCAAAACAAGCCUCCUAUUAAUAAAAAGAAAAAGUAAAUUUUGUUUAAACACCGUGAUGAAAGCAAAUUGAAAAAUGUUUACCAAAUGUUAGGCUUCCAAUUUAAAGUGUGGAUGAGACAUCUUUUUUGGAAUUGCACACACAAAAUGUCUAAUGUAGAGAAUAACAGAAUUUAUUUGCAAUUUUAAUUUUCCUGAGAUGGCUUUACAGCUCCCACUCUCCAAAUGAUUAUAUGGCGUUUUAGUCUAUUAAAAUUAUCUUGAAAGGUUGAGGGUGCAGCCCAUAUUAGAAAAUAUUUUGUUUAUAAAACUCCUACAGUACUCCUAGUAGUCAUUUUAAAAUGUAUGUCUGAAAUAGUUAUGUAAGAAAAGCAUUUGAAAUUUUUUUACAAUAUAUAUUGGGAAUGUUUUCACUUAUAUAAAUAACUACUGAUAAUAUGACUUAUGAAAAAAUUAUUACUACCAUAUGUGGAAUAUAGUGACUUCUAAACAGAUUUAAUAAAAAAAACCCUACAAACCCAGAAAAUGUGUAUAUCUGUCUUUAGAAAUUAGUGUUUAUAUCACAACCGUGAUUUGUGAAUAAAGAAAAAUGGUUUGUAAUAUCAAAAUAAAAGCUUAGUCUGAAAAGGUACGAA